GGCAACCUGGAGAUAGCCGCUUACACACAGAUUUUGUUCUACAAUUUAUAGUAUUAGGCUUGUGUAGUGGAUUCUGAUACAGCAGCAGGCGAUUCACAAAACAAAGGCAAUGCAAUGGGUUUGGAGUCGGUUGUGACCAGCAACGUGAAGCCAGAUUCGGAUCUCGUGCACCCAGAUGAUGCCCAGUAUAUUUGGCUGCCCAUUGCCGCGCUGGUGGGCAUAUUCAUCUUGGCAGCUUUGGUUUACGCCAUGUCACGUAGUCGCUGCCAAUGCUCCUGUCCCUGCCUGAAACGAAUUAAGACGCCCCGCAUCGACUACAUCCCCAUUAACGUGGAGGACGAAGAUUCCGAUGUGCCCAUGGCCGGUGGGGACGAGUUUGGCGAACAAUAUGCUGCCACCAGCUUGCUGGCCGGUCGUCUGCAUAUUGAGAACGUACGUAUGGCCGAGCAUAUGGCUGUGUGGAAUAACUAA